UGUAUAACAUGAGGAAUGACACCACCGUUUCAAAAAGAGGAACUAUCAUGAAAGGUUUAAAUGACGUGGUUGUGUAUACGGUCUUUGCAACAUGCGAAUACGUUACGUUUUGGGUGAUGGAUUUAUCUGGAAAAUUUAAAGGUGGCUGGCUGGACAUAAAGUCAUACACGGAUCCCAAACAUAUUCCUAAUAAAUGGACAGUUGUCUACAAAAAUCCUGUGUUCAGCUUUUUGGGGUCGACAACAUUCACUAUGGCAUUUGGACCAUAUGAACCAUGUACUACCACGUACAUACAAAGCCAGUUGCGAAAACCGAAAUGCUCGAAGGCUGUUGGAUCGUUCAGUUUGCAAACAGAUUGCCCAUGUGACCCAGGCUGUGGACAAGGUGACCCACACUAUGAAAGAUUUGAUAAUCAUCGCAUCCAAUAUAGCGGUCCUUGUAGCUACAUCCUGGCCCAGACCUGUAAAGAAUCUUCGUACAAAAUGAAAGUGGUUGCCAAACAUGGUGAAGUUGUUAAGUCCUCACAAAAUGGUGCUCGUCGAAUAGAGAGCGCAGAGAUCACUGCCCAAGGCAACACAAUUAUUCUCAACGACAAGGGAAUCAUAUUGAAUGGUGUGAAAGUGGAUGGAGCUAAUAUAACUGCUGACGCCAGUGCCGGGAUACAAUUAAUCAAUAACAGCACUCACAUCAUCUUUUCAAUUUCCGGCGAUUGGUGGAUCGAGUGGAUGAAGGUUCGACAAAAUGGCAAUCAUCGAUUGAUUGUAGGUAUUCACAAAAACUCGACCCUUAUUGGCAACCUGUGUGGGUUGCUAGGCAACAAACUACCUGACAAUCAAACCGAAGAUUUCAAAGGUUUUCAGAUGGCAAAUGGCGCUUAUACCCAUGAUGUGAAUGAACUUGGUGAUAGCUGGGUAGUUACCGGAAGCUGUAAAAAAUAAUGCAUGCUGAAGACAGUGGUCAUAUGGUGUCAACAACAGUAGCAUAGAUGACGGUCUGGUGGCUUACACUGUAUACUAUGUCACUCUGUGUCGGUUAUACAGACAUUUUCAUUCAUCGGUUUUAAAUUAC